AUGCCAUUCGGAAAUAGCAAGUACAGCAUUAUUCUCCACGCAGGGGCCGCCGAAUCAUGGCAUGGCAAUGCAGCCGCACACGAAAACAGCGUGAAUUUUGUGAGGGCUCUGAUUGAGAAGGGGAAGUCCGACUUGCACAAUGGCGCCGUGGCAGUCGACGUUGUUACAGAGAUUACUGCAGCGCUGGAGGAUUAUCCAGACUUCAAUGCUGGAAAGGGCUCUGCACUCAAUCUAGAAGGAUUUCACGAGCUGGAAGCGGCUGUCAUCGAUGGCAAGACCAGCGAGUACCGGGCAGCUGUCGGGUUGCGUCGUACCAAGAACCCCGUUCGCCUUGCCAGAUCUAUGUUAUCAUCAGCAGACCUGUGUUUCCUAGCCGGAUCCGUGGCUGAUGAUCUAGCCGCCCGCAACGGGCUCGAAUUAGUGGAAAACUCCCAUUUCACCACGCCGAAGCGCAAGAGCUAUUGGGAUGCGAAUGUGACCAGAAUCAAUGCCACUGCUGAAAGCCAUGGGACAGUUGGAGCAGCAGCAUUGGACGUUUACGGCAACCUUGCAGCGGCAAACUCCACCGGUGGCACUAUGUUCAAGAGUGUCGGUCGAGUAGGGGACACGGCAAUUGUUGGUGCUGGGCUCUAUGCGGACGACGAGGUGGCAAUUGUGUGCAGCGGAAGUGGUGAAGCCAUUCUAAAGGCGACCGUUGCAUCUAGAGUCGCGGCAAACAUGCACAAGUGUGACUCUCUGAGCGAUGCAAUCAAAAUGUCCGUCCUCAAAUCGGCUCAACUAUUCCCUACCUCUUCUUGUGGCGUUAUCGCAGUCAAUCGGGAAGGCGACGUAUCAACCCAGUCCAAUAGCAGAAUCUUUGCGAUAGCGUCUGCAGGCUCACACACGUUAACCAGAGCAGGAGUCAUCGGGUCGACUAUCCCACUCCUUACUCAACACAUCUUCUUCGCAGAUCGUAACCUCACUGUUGGAGUGGCAAAGUAUCCCACGAUGCCAUAUCAGGUGACUGCUGAGAUAAAGCAGACAUCUGCCGUAGCAAGUCUGGGAUCAGAAUUAUUUCUUGACGUAUUUUCAAAAUUGCGCAUCGCUUCUAGAGUCCUGAAGCAUUAUUCCGGAUUAGCAGACUGCGGAUUAGUCAUGAGUACUGCAACUGAGGUUCAGAUUUAUCCGUUCACAUCGCCUCCUCACUUCACCAAUCGUUCAUCGCCAUACGAGACCGAGAACAGUCUCAUCUUCACACAUCGACUAGACGAUACCUUUGGCGCAGUAUUAAAUCUAACACCUGAAGAUGAGGAUGUUCUUGCACGCAUAUGCCUCAUUCCAAAAGGCGCUAGUCAUCAAACACAACAAGAAGCCCUCUUCACUAAGACUUAA